AUGUAUACAAUCUCAGAGGUCUCUGUAGCAGGUCUACAGGGAAUUCAACGAAUCGUGAAUGGCUGUGGUUGUGAGGUUGAGGCCAGCAGCGUUAGACUGAACGUUCCCCUGUCGGUGUCACAUGAGCAUCCAGACUUAGUAUAUCCUCUCACAUGGGUGCAAAAAGGCAAAUGGAGUCAGGAGGGGAACGAGCAGGAAACCAGAAACACAGAGGAGAAACCAGUUCAGCGGUCCAAGUCUUUCAGCUUCAAGACGCAGAAGGAGGUGUGCACAUCCUGUGAGAAGACUGUCUAUCCCAUGGAACGGCUGGUGGCAGACAACCAGGUCUUCCACUCCUCAUGCUUCUGCUGCAAACACUGCAACACCAAACUCAGCCUGGGAACCUUUGCUGCCCUGCAAGGUGAAUUCUAUUGCAAGCCUCACUUCAAGCAGCUGUUCAAGAGCAAAGGCAACUAUGACGAGGGCUUCGGACGCAAGCAGCACAAAGAGCGCUGGGCCGCCAAGGAGACGGAAAACAUUACCAAGACGGCAUAA